AGCCGCUGGCGGGCAUAGCUUGGCGGUGCCGCGAGGGGCGGGGCGGUGAGUGUUUACAUCCGGCCCGGCACAGACAACUCCCGAGAUCGCUCGGCCGGGGGUCCAGCCUCUUUCGCCAUGGACACCAGCGACCUGUUUGCCAGCUGCAGGAAGGGGGACGUGGGCCGUGUGCGAUCAGAAGCAAUUCUGACCCAGGCUUUGAACUUCCUGCCCAGGUACCUACUGGAGCAGCGAGACGUGGAGGUGAACGUGCGGGAUAAGUGGGACAGCACCCCUUUGUACUAUGCCUGCCUCUGUGGGCAUGAGGAGUUGGUGCGCUACCUGUUGGCUAAUGGAGCCCGCUGUGAGGCCAACACCUUUGAUGGAGAACGGUGUCUCUACGGAGCGCUGAGCGACCCCAUUCGCCGUGCACUGAGAGACUACAAGCAGGUCACUGCAUCCUGCAGGAGGCGAGAUUACUAUGACGAUUUCCUGCAGCGUCUUCUGGAACAGGGCAUCCACAGCGAUGUGGUCUUUGUGGUACACGGAAAGCCGUUCCGGGCCCAUCGCUGUAUCCUCGGUGUUCGAAGUACCUACUUUGCCAACAUGCUGGACACCAAGUGGAAGGGCAAGAGCGUCGUGGUUCUCCGGCACCCACUGAUCAACCCGGUGGCCUUUGGGGCUCUACUGCAGUAUCUGUAUACAGGCCGCUUGGACAUCGGUGUGGAACACGUAAGCGACUGUGAGCGCCUGGCCAAGCAGUGCCAGCUGUGGGACCUGCUCGACGACCUGGAGGCUAAGUGUGAGAAGGUGUCUGAAUUUGGUGUGUACAGGGUCUCAGUCCAAGGUCUUAGGUUACAGCCUGCAGCUCUGCUCCAGCUCUCUGAGUCCCUACUGUCCUCUCCCCCAGUGGCUUCCAAGCCUGGCACAUGUGUGAAGGUGCUGACUAUUGAGCCGCCUCCAGCAGAUCCCCGGUUACGGGCAGACAUGGCACUGCUGGCUGACUGUGCCCUGCCACCGGAGCUGCAGGGUGACCUUGGAGAGCUGCCCUUCCCAUGUCCCGAUGGCUUCAGCAGCUGCCCUGAUAUCUGCUUCCGAGUGGCGGACUCCAGCUUCCUCUGCCACAAGGCUUUCUUCUGUGGCCGGAGUGACUACUUCCGGGCCCUUCUGGAUGACCACUUUCAAGAGAGCGAGGAGCCCGAAGCCUCUGGAGACCCCCCAGUUGUCACCCUGCAUGACAUCUCCCCGGACAUCUUCACUCACGUGCUGUACUACGUAUAUAGUGACCAUACAGAGCUGCCUCCUGAGGUGGCCUAUGAUGUGCUGAGUGUGGCUGACAUGUACCUUCUACCUGGCCUGAAGCGGCUGUGUGGCCGCAGCCUGGCCCAGCUGCUGGAGGAGGACAGUGUGGUGGGUGUUUGGCGCAUAGCCAAGCUGUUCCGUCUGGCCCGGCUGGAGGACCAGUGUACCGAGUAUAUGGCCAAGGUCAUAGAGAAGCUGGUAGAGCGAGAGGACUUCGUGGAGGCAGUGCGGGAAGAGGCAGCAGCUGUAGCAGCCCGGCAGGAGACAGACUCCAUUCCACUUGUUGAUGACAUCCGCUUCCAUGUGGCCAGCACAGUCCAGACCUACAGUGCCAUUGAAGAGGCACAGCAGCGACUGCGGGCACUCGAGGACCUGCUUGUGUCCAUUGGCUUGGACUGCUGAGCCCUUCCAUCUGACAGCCUUGUGGCCCAGGGCUGCCACAGUGGCAGGCAUGCGCAGUGUGUGCAUGCAGCAACUGUUGCUCUUGCACGCUUGAUGGCAGUACAGUGGGCAGAGGGGACUCACUGGGUUCCUAGGGAACAGGAUGUUCUUGGGAUGAGCCUCCUCCUCCUCCAGUGCACAAGGUAGCCCCAAGAUUUGGGGCAGGCAACACUCAGGGAAAACUGGGGUAUGGUAGGCUUUGAACCCCAUCUCCCCCAACACCCUACCUGCUCCCUCCUGGCUCUCAGCCAGCCCUGGCUUGCUUCGGCUAUUUCCACGUACAGGGCUGGACAGGAAGCAGGGAGUGUGUGGCAAUAAAGCUUGAAUUCACUCUGG